AGCCAUUCUGGAGUUUCUGGAAUGUUUAUUUUGACUUUUCAAUCUUGUCUAUAGCCCUUGGGUCUCUUGGUGGCCUCCCAUCCAAGAACUGAUUGGCUCUGCAGGUCAGUUAUUUUAAGUCUAUUGAAACCAGAUGUUUGGCGCAUCUAAUGUCCAUGAACUCACUGCCCAAGGCUGCAAAGUAGCAAUUUCCUAUCCCUUCUGUGUGUCUCAGAUGAAGCCCUCCAGGGUUAGACUUUAACACGGCCGCUUAUUAAGCGAAGCCACAAGCAAAUGAAAAAGUUGACAUAUUAACAAGGCAGGUCACCGUUUGCAAGAGAGAUGGACAGUGGACAGGAUGAAAAAGGAGGAAUUACAAGAUUGGGCUGAAUGUGCCUCUGAUCUCUAAAAUGGAAGAAUGGAUCUCAUGAUCAAAUAUGCAGCCCAUGAAGAGAACUAGUGUUCUUCCCUGGACGUGUGUUGGUUUGAAAUCUUACAGCAAUGUUUUUCAAAGGCUCUAGCCAUCUUUAAGGCUAUGCUUCUCAAUCUUAGCUUCUUGGAUGAGAAACAAAACAUCUUCAAGGGCUAAAAAUUGCAAAAACCAAGAAAAAAAGCACCUUUGGGGCAACCGUGACCUUGGAUGAUGGGGAAUCUCCACAGACAUCCAGGAGUGAAUGGAAGGAGGUCCAACCUUGGCUUCUGAUCAUUAGAAGGAACGAGGCUUCUGGCCACUGGGUCAAAUCUGAGGCUGUUCUAGCUGAAACGUGGGCAGCUUCUGAGCCCUGGAGGAAGGUGGGGGUGUUCUACCACUUGCUGGCUUAAUGAUCAAUUCGCUUCGGCUUGGAAGCAGCUAAAAGGAAGCCACCGUGAUCUUGAGACUGAGGCACGGCGUCCAUCCAUGGAGAACAAUUCCCACGUAGAAAUGCCUGCUCUUUCGCCGCAAUUUGGCGUUCCGGAUCUGGUGGUGGUGGUGAUAUAUUUCCUUUUGAACCUGGCAGUUGGUAUCUGGGCGUCAUGGCGGGCAAGUAGGAACAGCGUGAGUGGCUACUUUCUGGCUGGAAGGAACAUUGCCUGGUGGCCGAUUGGUGCCUCGCUCUUCGCCAGCAGUGAAGGAGCAGGCCUCUUCAUCGGGCUGGCCAGCAGUGGGGCUGCUGGGGGGCUGGCCGUGGCCGGCUUUGAGUGGAAUGCCACCUACAUGCUGCUGGCCUUGGCCUGGCUCUUCGUUCCCGUCUACCUUUCGUCAGAGAUCGUCACCAUGCCGGAGUAUCUCCAGAGACGCUUUGGAGGGGAGCGAAUUCGGGUCUGCCUGUCCUUCUUGUCACUCCUCCUCUCCAUCUUCACCAAGAUAUCUACGGACCUGUACUCCGGAGCCCUCUUCGUUCAGAUUUGCCUCGGCUGGAACCUCUACCUUUCCACCGUCUUAAUGCUGGGGGUGACUGCCGUCUACACCAUUGCAGGUGGGCUGAGGGCUGUCAUCUACACCGAUGCUCUGCAAACCCUCAUCAUGGUGGUUGGUGCGGUCAUCUUGACGGUCAAUGCCUUCCACCAGAUUGGGGGCUACCACAACCUGGAGGAGGCCUACUUAGCUGCCACCCCAUCAAAGAUUGUCCCCAACACAACUUGCCACCUGCCCAGGCAGGACGCGAUGCAUCUCUUCCGGGAUCCCAUCACUGGAGACCUGCCCUGGACGGGCAUGACUCUGGGUCUGACCGUCUUGGCCACGUGGUACUGGUGCACUGACCAGGUCAUUGUCCAGAGGUCCCUCUCGGCCAGGAGUCUCAACCACGCCAAGGCCGCCUCCAUCCUUGCCAGCUACCUGAAGAUGCUGCCAAUGAUUGCCAUUGUUAUGCCGGGCAUGAUUAGCCGGAUUCUCUACCCAGAUGCCGUUGGGUGUGUUGAUCCAGAAGAAUGCACUAGAGUCUGUGGAACAGAAGUUGGAUGUGCCAACAUUGCCUAUCCCAAGCUGGUGAUGGAACUCAUGCCCAGCGGCCUGCGGGGCUUAAUGGUGGCAGUGAUGAUGGCUGCCCUCAUGUCAUCCUUGACGUCCAUCUUCAAUAGCAGCAGCGCCCUCUUCACCAUGGACAUCUGGAGGAAGGUCCGGCAGGAGGCCAGUGAGAAGGAGCUGCUGCUGGUUGGAAGUGACUCUCAUGCCGCAAUGCUUGGGAGAAGCAGGCGACACAGUCACUUCCGAAUUGGUGUGCCAUGAGUGGGUUCGGUUGGGGGUUGCCCCUGAAAUUGAGAGUGAGUCAGCUGAGUUUCCACAAAAUUCUUGUUGCAAAAUUCCUUCCUCCAUCGUAUGAUGGGCUGCAAGGGGACGUGGGUGUGUUUACAAGGGUGUGUCAACCCUCUGAGCUAGUCCAGACUGGGAAACCAACAUCAUGAAUGUUACCUUGAUUGUAAGGAUGGAGAAACAGAAGCCUGGAAGUUGCAAGUCUGGAAGCAUUUCCACCCCACCCCCACCCCCACCCCACUUUGCUUUUACUUCUCAGACAACCCGGGAAGGUUGAUUCUGAGCUGCUUUCUCAAAUUAUGCUUCUGGGUUAGAUUUUGUUUAUCUGGUGGUUGACUAGGCUGUUUCUCAAGCUCACCGUCCCAGCCCUUUAUAUCUCCUUCCUGGAAUGGAUUUCAGAUGUUCGGGGUUGGGUCUGUCCCUCCUUUAGCCAUUCAAGAUCAUCCUCAGUUUUGCAGAAGUGCAUGAAAUCCUAAGGAAAUAGAAAACUUAAAAUAAGUGAGAACUUCAGUGAGGAUGGAGUGUUGCUCGGUGGCUUUGAAAUGUUAUUUGAGUUGGGGGAAACCUUUGUAACCAGGAAGGAGAAGGACAGAAGAAGGAAGAAAAGAAGGAGAAGGGAAGAAGAAGGAAGCAAUGAAGAAAGGAGAAAGAGGAGAAGGAGAGGAAGGAAAAGGAGAAGGAAGAAGGAGGAGAAGGAGAAGGAAGGAAAGAAGGGAGAAAGGAGAAGAAGGAAAGAGAAGAAAGGGAAAGAGAAAAAGGAAGGAGAAGGAGGAAGGGAAGGAAAAGGGAGGAGAAGGAGAAGGAUGUUUAUUGCAAUCAAUGACCAUCCCAGGAAGGAAAAUGAAUCAAAGAAUCCUCAACGGGGACACAAUCUCUUUUGCUGCAGGUCGAACAGAAUCCCUGGAAAAGUCCAUCUUUGAGGACUCUGUUGUGAUUCCUUCUUUUUGAAGCCCCUUGGGGUGAUUCUGGAGGGUGGAAGACAGGGAAAAUGAGCGCGGGGGGGGGAG